UUUUUUUUUUUUUAAUCUCAAACUGUGUGACAACAGCAGCAGCAGUAAAGUGAUGGUCGAGUCAGGGAGAAACGCUGAGGCACCGCACUAGCAAAGCAAACUAGCCCCGGGCUGACCAAAAAAAAUAAAAAAAUCAAAACAAAACAAAAGCUGGAAUACAUAAAACCUUAUUUAGCUCAGCUAAACAAAAUUCUGCAGUGUUACCAAUUCAACAGAAGAGAUGACAGUGGUAGCAGGUGAUAACAUGGAUGAGACGUCAGCCUUGCCCGGGCACCCUCAAGACAGCUAUCACCAUCCUGAUCUCGAUGACCACGAGUGCUGCGAGAGAGUGGUCAUCAACAUAGCCGGGCUGCGUUUUGAAACUCAGCUUAAGACGCUAGCCCAGUUCCCCAACACGUUACUGGGCAACCCCAAGAAAAGGAUGCAGUACUUUGAUCCCCUGAGAAAUGAGUAUUUCUUUGACAGAAACCGUCCCAGUUUCGAUGCCAUCCUCUACUAUUACCAAUCGGGAGGACGAUUGAGAAGGCCUGUGAAUCUACCUUUGGAUAUGUUUACAGAAGAGAUCAAGUUUUACGAGCUCGGUGAGGAGGCUAUGGAAAAAUUUCGCGAGGAUGAGGGUUUUGUCAAAGAGGAAGAGCGCCCUUUGCCGGAGAAAGAAUUCCAACGCCAAAUCUGGCUUUUGUUUGAACACCCUGAAAGCUCAGGUCCAGCCAGGGGAAUCGCUAUAGUAUCUGUUAUGGUAAUUCUGAUUUCAAUCGUCAUAUUCUGUUUGGAAACCCUACCUGACCUAAAAGAAGACCCUGCGGGCAGGAUGCACACUGUGGGGAAUAUGACAUACUAUUACAAACCAAAUAUCUUUACCGACCCUUUCUUCAUCGUGGAGACGCUCUGCAUAAUCUGGUUCUCUUUUGAGUUGAUUGUCAGGUUUUUCGCUUGCCCCAGCAAAGCAGAAUUCUUUAAGGACAUUAUGAACUUUAUUGACAUUGUGGCCAUUAUCCCCUAUUUCAUUACGCUGGGCACUGAGCUGGCAGAAGAAGAGGAUGGUAAAGAACAGAAGGGAGAACAGGCGACAUCACUGGCCAUUCUCAGGGUCAUUCGUCUGGUCAGGGUUUUCCGAAUCUUUAAGCUGUCCAGACACUCCAAGGGGCUGCAGAUUUUGGGACAGACCCUCAAAGCCAGUAUGCGAGAACUGGGGCUGUUGAUUUUCUUCCUUUUCAUUGGUGUUAUCCUGUUCUCCAGCGCAGUGUACUUUGCUGAAGCCGAAGAGAAAGAGUCUUAUUUUUCCAGCAUCCCAGAAGCGUUCUGGUGGGCUGUGGUUUCCAUGACCACUGUUGGCUAUGGGGACAUGUACCCAGUAACUAUUGGGGGUAAAAUCGUGGGAUCAUUGUGUGCCAUUGCUGGAGUGUUGACGAUUGCUUUACCCGUACCUGUGAUCGUAUCCAACUUUAAUUACUUCUAUCACAGAGAGACUGAAGGGGUAGAGCAGGCUCAGUUACUGCGUGUUAGUACCCCCAACUUAGCUUCUGACAGUAAUUCAAGUCGUCGCAGUUCAUCCGCCAUCAGCAAGUCUGAGUAUAUGGAAAUUGAGGAGGACAUGAACAACAGUAUAGACAAUUUAAGAGAUGCAAACCUCAGAACUGGCAACUGCACUGUAGCCAACCAAAACUGUGUUAAUAAAAACAAGCUGCUGACUGAUGUUUAACAAAACAAACAAACAACAAAAAAAAAACACUCGCAGCUGGAGAGUCAAGUGACAUUGUUGCUCUUUGUAGAUAUUGUACUCAUCUUUGAAUGCUUCAUUUACCUCGUCAAUGCAUUGUUGCAAUGCGAUUGUUAUGGUCAACGAUUAAAAAAAAAAAACAAACAAAAAAACCCACAAAAAAACAAAAAACUAAAACAAACAAAAAACAAGCUUUCAGGAUACGUGAAAGAGUAAUAUUUACAUUUAUUUUUAAAUGGGAUUCUUCAAGUAAACAAAGGAAACAUCUUUUAACUAGGGUUAUUAUAAGAUGUUGUACAACUCUUAACAGGGACUUCCAUUUAUUUGUGCAACAAACGUGAUUAUAUUUUUUUUUUAAAGAAAGAAAAAAAAAAAAGUUAUGCAUGGAUUACAGUACAUUUCAGCAAAGUUGCACAGUGCAUCCAAGAAUGUGCAUCAGAUUUUUCAGUUCUGCUGGAACAUGCAAGCAUCUGCAGUUAUCGAUCUACUAAGUAUUCCCCAGUGAUAGGUGAUGUAAUUACUUGAGAUCUACAGACAAGCAAAGCACCUUAUUUAAAGGAAGAAAAAAAAAAUCCUGACCUGUCUCUUGUUGCAGAUUUAUGAUGUAAGAACUACCCAUCUUCAACUCAAAACAUCUGCAAUGCUGCUAUUUUUUUGCGGAUGCUGUAACUCAAAUCUUACACAAUGGGUAGGCCUACUAUACGGUACCCGUUUAGAUGCAAGGCAGCACAAUGGAACUGGUUAAAUAUAAGCAUGUUCUGAAAGUCUUCAUUUUAAUAUUGGCAUGCGUGAAACAUUACCUCAUAGAAUGGGAAAUAGGUUUUCAUUUGUUCCCGACUUUACUCAGUUUAUUUUAUUUAUUUAUUUUUAUUUCUCAUUUGCUUUCACCAAAAGUGCACUAGUUAUUUAUUAUUUAAGUUAUUAAUAAUUUAAUGUAUUUAAGUACUGAAUGUUAAAU